GAACAGGAACUCGGCUUUUAUCAACURCCCUCUCCCUCAGGCACAGGAAAAGGAUGUUAGCUUAAAGGAAAGGAAGAGAAAAGAAAGGAAAGAAAAUACUGAGUGCUGUAACAGACUCUCAUUACCGUGCCAGAAAAUGUCACAGACCUGCUUGGUCCGGUGCUGCACAUGGAGGUUUUUCUGCAGUUUAAAGGCUGAAAUACCUUGGCWUUAGCAUCAGAAUAUUUGUGUUAAAACAAUGCUCCUGCCCUACGCCUGAUGACAUCAAUGGUGGUUUUGUGACUGGCUCCAGGAGCAACGAGGCUAAAGCACUGGUUGUAUGGCAAGUAAGGUGAGGAUAUCUUCAGUCUGAGAGCGCCUUGGGUUGAGGAAUGAGCACCAGCCAUAGCAUCAACCAUCAGCCUAGGGGGAGUUUUGACAGAUGGUAAGAAAAACCUCUUUCACUUCUUGCUGCAACAAUGUGGAACAAUGUGAGCUCCUACAAUAAUCGGUGUGUUGUGCUGGCCUUUGUCUGAAUCUUGCACUUUUUUAAAUUAACAAUUGAUAAAUUCAUUAGUCUGACAGAAAUUUGGCUCCUUUACUUUUGGAUGGAAAUUUCUUCUUCAUUUAUAAGUAAGGAGAGUUAUUUGUGAGGAAAGGAUUAAGAACUCUAUAUGUUAUUUACCAGAUCAACUGCUUUUUAAUGAUUUCAGUAUGGGGUAAAAAAAAUAUUCCAAAAACUGUUCUUAGCUCCACAGUAAGAAUUAUAUUUGUAUACAUGUCUGCAUGCAUGUACAGAUAGGGCAUUUUUUGUUCAGACUUUUUUCUGUGUAGUCAUUCCCCAUCUGACACUUCCAGGCUGAUAACUGGUGGCAGCAGUGGCUUGCAGAACACUGCACUUCGUGACAUUGUGGAGUUCUACCUUCCCAUAAUAGAGCUCAGCCUCUGAAUUUUGUAUUCUCUUUGCCUGGUGAGGAAAAGCAGCCAAAGGCUAUCACGGUUUGGGCUCAGCAGCUGGUGGCUUCCAUAGUUUCACAUCUGGCACUGUUAAAAAAAAAUUAAAAAUGGCUUUGCUGCACCAGCAAUUGCUUUCACAGGUGCUGGCACUGAAUUUCAGUUUGUUGGUGGUACAACAGCUGAUUUGGGCCACUCAGGAUCUACUUCACAAAACACUUCAACUUGAAGUUUACUGCAAGCACAUUAAGAUAUCCAACUGUUAUUAAUGAUCAUAAUACUGUUUGGUAUUUUUUCCUAGGCAGGCCUUGAGGCUUGAUGGAUCCUCCCUGCAAACUGUAAGCUUUGCCCAGUCAGUUCUCUGCUGGCUGUUCUCACCCCGCUGUGCUCUGCAGUACCRGCUCUGACGUGAGGGAUGGUGUUUGGUGUGAGAUGUUGUCUCACUCUGCAGUGGUGGAGCAGGGCUCUGUCUACAGCAACUCAGAGAACCAAAUAGGAAACAGGAUUUCCCCCAACAGGCGUCAGAGUUUUCAGACAUGAACCGUUGUAAUGGGAUAUACAGCUGAGCAAACCCCACAAUUUAUACUGAAUGACUUCAGACUUGACAAACACAGCAGGUGGGACCUYGAGCUCCCUUCACCUGAGCACCACGCUAUAGCUGUUUUCUCUCAGGAUUUACUAGAAGUAAUGUUCUUGUUAAUGUUUUAUGCAGGGUGGGUUCUGAUAAAUGCCAGCCCAAGCAGCCUUGACCCUGUUUGUUUGGUACAAACUCUGCCAGUGUUACGUGCUCUGCACCCUCUGGGGCCCAGCAGAGCUGGUGUUUGGCUCCUGCUGCAGCCUCAGGAAAAUGCCCUUUCAGGACCUCAGCUCUUCUGCUAAAGUCUCCCUCUUCACUGAGACCAUCCUUGAGUGAGAACGUUGCAGCAUAUUUUAAAAGCUCUAACUGCCUGGAAAUGGUCCAGACAGCCCCUUACCUAUUGCCAUCGUUGUGCUGCUCUCCCCCUCCCUCCGUAACGCUUCCCAAGCAGAUCCGUAUCAUUAAUAUUUCAGGAUCAGCUCUAGACGGGCAUUGGCUACACUGCAGCACACUUCAUCAAUAAGAGCCAGGCAGGGCUGUGAGCUGUGCCACACUGCCUUCAUCCAGCACAGGAGGAAGAGCAGAGGCAGCGCCUGCACACGAACCGACUAUCUGCCGAGAGUAAGGCUGCAUCUCACAGUCCCAGCCUUGAGGUGCUUUUUGCUGCUUUUGCUCCCUCAUUCAGCUCAUCCCAGACAAUACCCUAACAAGCAACAAGGAUGGAUGUCUUUAAGAAAGGUUUCUCCAUUGCUAAAGAAGGUGUGGUGGCUGCUGCAGAAAAGACCAAGCAGGGAGUGACAGAGGCUGCAGAGAAGACCAAAGAAGGGGUAAUGUAUGUAGGCACCAAAACCAAGGAGGGCGUAGUGCAAAGCGUGACCUCAGUUGCUGAGAAGACCAAAGAGCAGGCCAAUGUGGUGGGAGAAGCUGUAGUAGCCAGCGUGAACACAGUGGCAAACAAGACUGUGGAAGGAGCAGAGACAAUUGUGGCCACUACAGGAGUGGUAAAAAAGGAGGACCUGGCAGCGCCGCAGCCGCCCGAGCAGCCCAGGCUGGAGGGAGAGGGAGCCCCGGCGAGCACCGGCGGAGAGGGUGAAAUUGAAGGUGAUUCAUCAAGUUAGGCAAUUCUACCUCAAAAGAGACCAUUCCAAGAGCAUACGUGGAAUUAUUAGCUGACACCACACCAAGAAAACCCCACUGUCCAUAGACUAACUCCAUUCAGCUCUGUAGUCUUUCACUUACCCAUAAACCAUACAAUGUAUGUGAGCCAGACUCCUCUAACUGUAAGUACAGUGCAGGUGUGUACUGGGCUGUGUGUCUUUCCCAGCCUCCCUCCUGGCCUCCCAGUUGCUUUGUAUAUUUUGGUUGGACUCACUAAUCUGUGUCUCUCAUCCAUAUGCACUAGCACUUGGGAUCUCUAGGCAUUGURGAAAUUUUUUUUUAACUAAUAAAAGGUGUUUGAACACGUUUUUUGUUUUGUCAGUUUUGUUUGCGCAUUUUAGGUGUGGAUCCUUCCAAACUGAUGCAUUCUUCCCGUGAAAGUGUGGUAUUAGGAUACAGGGAACUCAAAACUGUAAGGGCCUUCAAUCAUAUUUUAAGAUAUGAAGAGUUCUGAAUAAUUGYAUUUCUGAAGUCAGUACUGUAGGUAGGUUGGCUUUCUGUCCUUCAGGGCGGAAAACCAAAUAUUUCACUU